CCUUGAAUCAAGAUACAAUAUUAUAAAUCAGAUAUAAUGUGAAUUAUUAUACCGAACCAUCUGUUCUGCUGCAUGGAGAGAGACUAACCUAGAGGAUUAUUGUUAUCGCAUCUCGACACGGUCUGAUAGCGCUUUAUCGGAGAGAGGCGGAAGUCGCAAAAUUCAAGUACCUCGACAAUUGCUCGUGUAUGUAAUGAUAAUUGUACAUUGGCACAGAUUUAUUUGUUUCAUUAGAUGAGAUUACACUUGGGAAAAUGUUUUUGGCGAGAAUCAUUAAAAAAUCUACGAUGGCAGUAAGCCCGAUCAAGCAGCAAUGCAAGCUGUAUUCGUAUCAGGCAUCGUCGAGAAACACUCAUCCUUCGAUCACGUUAUUGGGAACACUACGUUUCUGCAGUGACAGUCCACUUAAAUGUUGGAAUUGUAAUUAUAUGUACAAAUCCGAGCUGUUCUGCUCAAAGUGCAAAGUGUUGCAGGAGCUACCACAGAACUUGAACUAUUUUGACAUCAUGGGAAUUAAAAAAAAUUAUAACGUGAUUAAUGAAGAAUUACAUAAAAAAUAUAGAGAGCUGCAAAAGAUGUUACAUCCUGAUAAAUUUGGUAACAAAUCUGAGAAAGAAAGACAAAUCUCAGAGAAUUUAUCCUCUCUAAUAAAUAAAGCUUAUAGUACAUUGAUGCAUCCAUUAAAAAGAGGAUUGUAUAUGUUGCAAUUAGAAGGUAUAUCGAUAUCGGAAGAAACUACCAACUUGAAUCCAGAAUUUCUUAUGGAGAUUAUGGAGCGUAAUGAAGAAAUAGAAAAUGCAAUGGAGGACAAAGACAAAGUCUUCAAAUUGGCUAAAGAAUCCAAAGAAAUGCUUGAAACAUUAUCAAACCAAGCGGCAGAAGCAUUCAAAAAGAAAGAUAUUGAAACAGCAACAAAAAUCUUGAUAAAAAUGAAAUAUUACGAUUCUAUAGAUAAUAGAUUAAAAAGAUUAAAGUAUGACUUAGGUAUAGUAGAAUAA